AGUUGGGAUGUAGGUUGAUGGUGAAGUGAAUACACGUGAGGAAAAUCAACCAAUUAAAUGGUAUACAUACACCGGGUAACCUAAAAAUUCUACCAUUUUUAAUUUACUUUUCUUAGGUUUAUUUCAUUUACUUAAACAAAUUCUAUCGAAUUGUCGUCAACACACAUAGUGUGUUAAAUCGACAUCCCAACCAAUAGAAAGACCACCAAAAAGUUUCCAAAUGAGUAUGGCAGCAGCACAAUGUGCCUCCGACCCCCCGUCAAUCCUGCAAGCAAUAGACUUGAGCGAAAUCUGGGAUGACUUCCGUUCCGGGCUGGACUCAGUCUACAGCCAAAAAUCCAUGUCUCGCCAGCGUUUCAUGGAGCUUUACAGCUACGUGUACAACUACUGCACAAGCAUCCAAGAACAGGGCAAGAGAAAAACUCAAGCUCACAACAACGCAAUCGCGGGUAUGAAAAUCUACAAGAAGCUCCGCGACUACCUCUCGGACCACGUGAGCCACCUCGUGACCGGCGGCACCGACCUCAUGGACGAAGCCGUGCUGCUCUUCUACACCCGCAAGUGGGACGACUUUAGAUUCAGCAGCCAAGUAUUCAACGGGAUCUGCUCCUACCUAAACCGCCACUGGGUCCGUCGCGAGUGCGAAGAAGGCAAGCGCGACAUCUUCGAGAUUUUCCAGCUCUGUCUCCUAACCUGGCGCGAAAUAGUCUUCUCCUCCCUCAGCACCCAGAUAGUAAAUGCGCUUCUUAAAUUAAUCGAGCGCGAGCGCAACGGAGAGACAAUAAACACGCGUUUAAUCUCCGGAGUAAUCAGCAGUUUUGUCGAACUCGGAAUCAAUGAAGAAGAUCCUUGCACUCGCGGCCCUCUGGUCUCAGUUUACAAAGAACACUUUGAAAAAGUCUUCCUAGAAGACACUGAGCGCUUCUACACCCUAGAAAGCGCGAGUUUCCUCCAGGACAAUUCAGUCUGCGAGUAUGUUAAAAAAGUAGAGCAGCGACUCGCUGAAGAAAAUAAGAGAGUUAAAGUCUACCUCCACAAAUCUACGGAAGAAAUUCUUACCAAAACUUGCGAGCGUGUUUUGAUAGAAAAACACUUUGAAUCUUUCAAUACAGAAUUUAAAUCUCUCCUUCAGGACAACAAAGUUGAAGACAUGGGAAGGAUGUAUGCUUUAAUACUCCGGACUCCAAAUGGCCUUGACCCGCUCAGAGAUAUCUUAGAAGACUUUAUAUGCCAACAAGGUCUCCAAGCUAUUGAAAAGUGCGGUGAGGAAGUCGUCAACGAUCCUAAAAGCUACAUCGAGACCAUCCUUAAGGUCCACAAAAUUUACUACCCUCUUGUUAAAAAUACUUUUCAAAACGAUGUUGGGUUUAAUACCGCCUUGGACAAAGCUUGCGGAAAAUUUGUUAAUUCCAAUGCUGCUACUGCGAAAAAUUCGAGUAAAUCUCCGGAAUUGUUGGCUAAGUACUGCGAUAUUUUAUUAAAAAAGAGCAGUAGAAACGCUGAUGAGGCAGAAGUUGAAGAUAGUUUGGUACAGAUUAUGUUAGUGCAUAAAUACAUUGAAGACAAGGAUGUCUUCCAGAAAUUCUACAGCAGGUUGCUCGCUAAGAGAUUAGUUAAUCAAAUGUCUGCUAGCGACGACGCGGAAGCUUCGAUGAUUUCUAAAAUGAAAGCAGCUUGUGGGUUUGAGUACACAUCUAAAUUACAAAGGAUGUUUCAGGACAUUGGACUGUCCAAGGAUUUAAAUGAGAAGUUUAAAAAAAUGAUCGCGACUUCCAGUAAUGAAAAAUUGGAUUUUGAUUUUGGGAUUUUGGUUCUAUCUUCUGGCUCUUGGCCGUUCACGCUUUCUACUGAGUUUACGCUGCCUUCUGAUUUUGAGAGCUCGGUAAGGAGGUUCACUGGGUUCUACACCUCCCAGCACUCUGGAAGGAAGCUCAAUUGGCUGUACAGCAUGUCCAAGGGAGAGAUUCAGACGAAUUGUUUUAAGAAUAAGUACAAUUUUCAAGCUUCCACUUUCCAGAUGGCGGUUCUGCUGCAGUUUAAUUCGGCUACUACUUUUACAGUCUUGCAAUUGCAUGAGGCCACGCAGAUUAAGAUGGAUUUGUUGGUGCAAAUUAUUGGAGUUUUGUUGAAGAUUAAGCUUCUGGUGACUGUUGAUGGAGAGACUGAAGCUGAAUUGGAGCCUGAGAGUAAAGUCAAGCUUUUUACUGAGUAUAAAAAUAAGAAGCUAAGGAUUAAUAUUAAUGUUCCGAUGAAGGUCGAGGUUAAGGCUGAGCAGGAGUCCACGCUUAAGCAUGUGGAGGAGGACAGGAAGAUGUUGGUGCAGGCUGCGAUUGUCAGGAUUAUGAAGAUGAGGAAGACUUUCAAGCACCAGAUGCUUAUUGGAGAAGUUUUGACGCAAUUGAACUCGAGAUUUAAGGCUAGGGUACCGAUGAUUAAGAAGUGUAUUGAUAUUUUGAUUGAGAAGGAAUAUUUGGAGCGGGUUGAUGGCAAGAAAGAUACUUACAAUUAUCUUGCGUGAUCGUAGAUUUUUUGAGAGAUAAAAAAAUAUUUAGUUAAGUGUAAAUAUUUUUUUAUUGUUAAGUAAUUGGUAAGGUUGAUCAGAGGAGUAAUUAAUUAUUAAGGUUACUUGGGGAGUUUAGGAUAAGUUUCCUAAUUUUAAGGUUUUUUUUUUUAACGUAUUCUUAGCAAUUUAUAUUUGUAAGAGGACGAUUAAUGAUGAUUAUUAUUGAUAUUAAUGGUAAGAAGAACAUUUAUUAAACGAGAUUUAGCUAUUGAUGAUAAUUAUCGUUGGAUUGAUGAGAAAGUUUUGGGUGUAUUAUUAAAUGUAUUUAUUAUAAAAUUACAUUUUUAA